AUGAUGUCCAGUCCAUGUUGUGCACCAACCCAUAACCCCUUUUUGUCACCCCCCGCCGUAACCGUUUUCCCUCAACCUACUCCCCUUCACUUUCAACCACUCUCUUACCGCUCUCCACCUCUCUUCACUCACCUGCGCCUCCGUCAUCCUCGCCUCUCCGCCCUCUCCGACGACGGUUCCGGCGGAUCUGGUGGAACUCCCGGAAAUGGCGGAUCUGGUGGCUGGAAUUCCGGUGGAAACGAAUCUGAGGACGAAGAGGGAAAAUGGUCCUUCUUGUCAUGGUACUUGGCUCUUCUUGCAAAGUAUCCUGUUCCUGUUAAGGCCUUAACAUCUGCAGUUUUGACACUAAUUGGAGAUUUGAUUUGCCAGCUUGUGAUAGAUAAAGUGGAGACACCGGACUGGAAGAGGACAUUUCUCUUUACACUGCUUGGUAUCGUGUUAGUUGGUCCAACACUGCAUUUCUGGUACUUGUAUCUGAGCAAAUUGGUUACACUUCCUGGAACAUCAGGUGCACUUUUGCGGCUUGUGAUUGAUCAGUUCUUAUUUUCUCCCAUAUUUAUUGGAGUUUUCUUAUCUACAUUGGUGACGCUAGAGGGAAGGCCAUCACAAGCUGUACCUAAGCUUAAACAGGAGUGGGUUUCUGCUGUUAUAGCAAACUGGCAAUUAUGGAUACCUUUUCAAUUUCUCAACUUUAGAUUUGUUCCACAACAAUUUCAGGUCCUUGCUGCUAAUGUUGUUGCUUUGGUGUGGAAUGUUAUUCUCUCAUUUAAAGCACACAAAGAAGUUCUUCCAAAAUAG